GUGUGUGUGUGUGUGUGUCAUUGGAUGGGAAAGAUGAACAGAAGAUCCACUAAAGACAAGGAUGCUAAUGGACAUCCAAGUGCGUCCAAUGGCAAGAAGGUGGAACUGGGGAAGAAAGUUACUUUGCUCUCAGGGAUCUCCGUCAUCACGGGCACCAUCAUUGGUGCUGGCAUCUUCAUCUCUCCUAAGGGAAUCCUCCAACAUUCAGGCAGCGUUGGAAUGUCUUUGAUUGUGUGGAUUGCUUGCGGUGUGCUUUCACUCUUUGGAGCUUUGUCUUAUGCGGAGCUGGGAACUUGCAUUCGGAAAUCUGGUGGACAUUACACGUACUUACUGGAGGCUUUUGGCCCAGAGGUGGCUUUCAUAAAUCUGUGGGCCAACCUCGUGGCUAUCAGGCCUGCUGGGAUGUCAGUCAUCUCUCUGGCAUUUGGUCAGUAUAUCUUGGAGCCUUUGUUCACACCCUGUGGUGUGCCACCUCUUGCUGUCAAACUGGUCACGGCCGUCGGACUCACGUCAGUAAUGUUCACUAAUAGUAUGAGUGUGACGUGGACAGCCAGGAUUCAAGUUGUCCUAACCUUCUGCAAGCUGGUGGCCGUCAUCUUUAUCAUAUUUCCUGGAUUAUACUACCUCUUCAAAGGGGAGACCCGCAACUUUGAAAAUGCCUUUGAACUAAACAAAGUGGAGAUUUCGUCUUUGCCUCUGGCCUUCUAUUCUGGGAUGUAUGCAUAUGCUGGGUGGUUUUACCUUAAUUUUGUCACAGAAGAAAUUGAUCAUCCUGAGAGGACGGUGCCUAUGGCUAUCUGUAUCUCCAUGGGGAUUGUGACGACCUGCUAUGUGCUAAUCAAUUUGGCGUACUACACAGUGAUGACAGCCGACGAAAUCCUAUCCUCAGAAGCAGUCGCUGUGACAUUUGCAAAUAAAGUGAUGGGAGAUUUGUCAUUAGCAGUACCUGUAUUUGUGGCCUUGUCGUGCUAUGGUUCCAUGAACGGCAGCCUCUUGGCCCUGUCAAGAACGUUUUUGGUUGCAUCACGUGAACGACAACUACCUGAGGUUUACUCAAUGAUUCACCUGCGUCGAAACACUCCAAUACCUGCCGUCCUCAUACUGUAUCCACUGACGCUUCUCCAGCUGUUCGUGGGAGACAUCUACAGCCUGUUAAACUUCAUGAGCUUCCUGCGGUGGCUAUCGAUUGGUGUGGUGGUGGUUGGUUUGGUCUACCUUCGAUACACUCAGCCUGACCUGCCACGCCCCUUUAAGGUGCCGAUCUUCAUCCCGGUGGUGUUUAGUUUGACUUGCUUCUUCAUGGUUUUCCUCUCUCUAUACUCGGACCCAAUCAACACAGGAACUGGAUUUGCCAUUUCCCUAACAGGGAUCCCGGCCUACUACAUCUUUAUUCACUUUGACUGGAAGCCUAAGUGGUUAAAGAGGGCUUUAGAUUCUAUCAACAGAACCCUACAGAUUCUCCUGGAGGUGGUUCCUGCUGACCAAUAACUGCAUGCGCAUCCCACAUUAUAUACAACAAACACACAUUCCUACAAUAAACGCACAUUCAUACAAUAAAUACACAUUAACACAAUAAACACUCAUUAAUACAAUAAAUAAAUAUUACAACUUCUGUGCGUAAACGGAAUCAGUGAUUGUGAUACACCAGUAAUAAAAUACCCUGUUCUUAUUAGGAAUGUAGCGGUACUGGAAAGAUUGCAGUAUUUCAGUUUCAAUAAGCUAGCAAUAAUGCUUUGACGUGUGACAGUAUCAACUGAGAACUGGGAGUACUUUCAUUAGUGUAGCUUUUUUGGCACUAUUUCGAAAUUACCAUAUUUUUCGGAGUAUAAGUCGCACUGGAGUAUAAGCCGCACCAGCCGAAAAUGCAUAAUAAAGAAGGAAAAAAAUAUAUAUACCGGUAAGUCGCAUUUUUUGGGAAAAUGUAUUUGAUAAAACCCAACACCAAGAAUAGACAUUUGAUAGGCAAUUUAAGAUAAAUAAAGAAUAGUGAACAACCGGCUGAAUAAGUGUACGUUAUAUGACGCAUAAAUAACCAACUGAGAACGUGCCUGGUAUGUUAACGUAACAUAUUAUGGUAAGAGUCAUUCAAAUAACUAUAACAUAUAGAACAUGCUAUACAUUUACCAAACAAUCUGUCACUCCUAAUCGCUAAAUCCCAUGAAAUCUUAUACGUCUAGUCUCUUACGUGAAUGAGCUAAAUAAUGUUAUUUGAUAUUUUACGGUAAUGUGUUAAUAAUUUCACACCAAGUCGCUCAAGAGUAUAAGUCGCACCCCUGGCCAAACUAUGAAAAAAACUGCGACUUGUAGUCAGAAAAAUACGGUAAUUUAAAAAACACUUUGCAGACAGUCCCAGAAAGAAUACAAACAAUAUGAUAAGGUCCAUCACACAUAAAUUAUUGAUGUAAAUCCAAGAAGCAAGGAAACAUCAAAUUGUGAUUUAAUUUAACUAAGUUUUCCUCAUGACAACUUAAUACUACCAUAAAUAUGAAUACAACAUUUGUGCUUAAUUAGAGUACGUACAUGUGUUUAUCAUUAACAUUACAGGCACUUAAUUUUUCACAUUAAGGCAUAUUUCCCAAGUCAUAUUUUUAUUCGAGAAUACUGCAAUAAGAUGAUCAUUUUGUUACUUCUCUCGUCAUUAUCCACAAAAAACGUCAUUUGGAGUGCUGUUGUAUAUUUUACUCAAGCAAUGAGUAUAUU